AUGAGUGCUAGCCGGAUCGCCUUAAGCUACACGUCAACCAGACAUGGUUGCCAUUCCAGCCUGGCUGACAGUCUCUCGGUAACCGGUCACGCUAAGAGAACACAGUCACAACCGUCCAGAGGCGGUCGUGGCUGCGUCGCCGGUCCGUCGCCUCGUCAAGAGGCCGGCGGGUGGGUCUUCGAGACACCGACGCGGCUCUUCGUGUCGGCCCAAUCUGCCGGCGCAGCGGCAGAGGCCGCAUUGCGAGUGCCCGGCGUCGGUGCACUCGAGGACAGCAGAGCUCGUGACUCAUCGCCUCUGCGUCCAGUCAGGAAGACCGUUUGA